UUGGCAUUGUUUCGGCACAGUUUGCAAACAGUCCUAGGUACGGAACAACCGUUCGAGGAGGUUUCAAAAGCGCACUCAAUAGCGAACCGAUAAGGAGCAAGUGUAACUUUUUGUUUGUUCUGUUUUCGAAACAACCGGAAGAUUUUAGCGAAAAUGAAAGCUUUCAUCGUAGGAUCCGUUCUGCUGCUGGCUUCCGCUGCGUCUGCCUCCUACUGGCACUACGUCCCGGCUGACACCCCCGAGGUCGCCGCCGCCAAGGCCGAACACUUUGCCGCCCACCAGAAGGCCCGCGGUCUAGUCGGUGCCGGCCCGAUCGACACCCCCGAAGUCCAGCACGCCAAGGCCCAGCACUUCGCCGCCCAUGCCGCCGCCCGUGCCGGACACCCAGUCGCACCGGUAGCCGUUCCGGCUUGGCAUGCUGCCCCGGCCUGGCACGGAGCCGGAGCCUGGCACGGACCUCAGCACAUUCCAGUCAUCCACAACGGAGUCCCAGUUGAAACCCCCGAAGUUCAGCACGCCAAGGCCGCCCAUCUCGCAGCCCUGCACGCCGCUGGCUCCGGAGCUCAUUGGGGAGCUUCGGCUCACUACGAGGAUGACGGUUCCUACAAGCCCGAAUACGACAACUAUCACUAAACCACGCUCGCCCAAGGCCCCCCAAACUGCCAAACAACCUCUGUUGAAAUUAGCUAGAUAUUAGAUUUUUAAUUGAACGAGCAAGUCAAAUACUCAAGAAGUCAUUCCCUCCUCCCCACCCUGUAAUCCCUUCGUGAAUCUUUUGUAUAAAAAAAAAACAAA